UGGCUCCAACAUCUGACCAAACUCUCUUCUUAUCGUCCUCCUGACUUCCAGCCAGACUCGGGCCCCGGACCUCUCCUGUUGGCCGGAUACGAGGACGGUUCCCUGUUGCUGUGGGACGUUACCCAGAGGGCCCAGCUGAGCCAGACUAAAGCCCACCCUGAGCCCGUCAUGUGCCUGACCUUUGACCCCCAGUGUCUGAGAGGCGUCUCUGGCUCCUCUGAGAAGGACCUCUGCUCCUGGAGGCUGGACGGACAGAACAACCUGCAGCUCCAGGACUCUGUGACGCUGGUCAACCCUGGGGUUUCCCAGCUGUGUGUCAGGGGUGACGGUAAACUCCUGGCUUCAGCGGGCUGGGACCAUCGGGUGCGGAUAUUCGGGUGGAAGAAGCUGCGACCGCUGGCCGUGCUUCAGUACCACACCGACCUGGUGCUAAGCGUGGCCUUCUCUGACCACCAGGACCCCCGACAGAGACUGCUGGCUGCUGGAUCCAAAGACCAGCGCAUCAGCCUGUGGUCCAUAUUCAACGAGGGGGCGGACACUGGCUGAACCUCGAAGCUCUGGGAGGAUUUAUGGACUCUUCAUCAGUUCUUUAUACUGAUUUUAAUGUGCCCCGAAUGGCGUCAGUGAACAAAAUGGCAGCUUUUCAGGGAAAUGAAGCAAUGCCCUUAUAUAACAAUGUUUUACUCACCUUCUUCAACUUUCUCAACUGAGAGAGAUACAGAUGCAUAUGGACUAUAAUGGUGAAGAUAUUCUGCAUGUGACUAUCACACAUAACAAUUGUAGCCUCUGCUUGGACCCAACAACUGACUUUAGUGACUUGGUGAUUAAGUCAAUGAGGAGGUAAUAAAAAAAGAAAAACUGAUACAUAUAUUGGUGGGCUGCUAA